GCGAUGGCAUCCGCUGAUCUGAGACAGGAGCUGGACUGUUCCAUCUGUCUGACCACAUAUACAGAUCCUGUAAAUCUGAGAUGUGGCCACAACUUCUGCCGGGUCUGUAUUGAUCGUGUGUUGGAUACACAGGGGGGGUCUGGAGGAUAUUCCUGUCCUGAGUGCAGAGAAGAGUUCCGGGAUCGGCCUGUACUGCAGAGGAACAUAACACUACGUAACAUAGUGGAGACUUUCCGAUCUACUCAGCUGGAAGAAGGGAAGACUGGAAUCUUCUGUAAUUACUGCUAUCACUCUCCUGUACCUGCCGUUAAAUCCUGUCUGAUGUGUGAAGCUUCUCUGUGUGAUAAUCACCUGAGAGUCCAUAGCAAGUCACCAGAACAUGUCCUAACUGAUCCCACCACUUCCAUGGAGAACAGAAAAUGCUCCUUCCAUAGAGAACUUCUUAAAUAUUUCUGCACUGAGGACUCUGCCUGUAUCUGUGUGUCCUGCAGGCUGGAUGGAGAACACCGGGGACACAAGGUGGAGACUCUGGAUGAGGCCUCUGAGAAGAAGAAACAGAAAUUGAGAAAUGUUCUGCAGAAACUGAUGACAGAGAGAGAGGAGACGGAGAAAAGAGUCCAGAGUCUGCAGGAUCGCAGGAGAAAAGUACAAGAAAAAUCAGAGAGAGUCACUGCCCUGUUCAUAGAGCUCAGGAGACAUCUGGAGGACCUGGAGAAGAGAGUGCGGAGGAACAUCUCCAGCCAGGAAGAGCGGAUCUCAUGGUCUGAUCUGAUCCAUCAGCUGGAAAUAAAGAAGGAGGAUCUGUCCAGGAAGAUGGAGGACAUUGAGGAGCUGUGUAACAUGACUGACCCACUGACUGUCCUACAGGAAUCAGACACAGGGGACUUGUGUGAUACUGAGGAGGGAGAUAAUGAGGACAGAGAGAGACAUGAUAGACUCCUCCAUGAUGGAGGGGAUCUGGAUGUGUCUGGAAUCUCACACACAUUACACACAGGGUUAUCUGAUAUGAUAAAAGAGAUAAAUGUAUUCUUCAAUAUACAGGAAGCUGCAGACAUAUUACUGGAUGUGAACACAGCUUAUAAUAAUCUACAGAUAUCAGAUGACAUGAAAACUGUAUCCUGGUCAGAUAUAAAUCAGAAUCGUCCAGAAACACCGGAGAGAUUUCAGUGGUGUGUCCAGGUAUUAAGUAGUCAGAGAUUUUCCUCGGGGCGACAUUACUGGGAAGUGGAUGUCAGUGAGUCAGAAGAUUACAUAGUCGGGAUGUGUUAUCCCAGUAUAGGGAGGGGAGGGUGGCAGUCACUGAUUGGACAUAAUAACAAGUCCUGGGGUUUGUGGAGGGAUAGAGGUGGGUGUUCUCUAAAACAUGAAAAUAAACAGAUCAUCAUAUAUCCUAAUCCCUCCAGUAACAGAGUCAGGAUCUCUGUGGAUUAUGAGGCCGGGCAGCUGUCCUUUUAUGAUCUGUGUGACCCGAUCAGACACCUCCACACCUUCACCACCACCUUCACUGAGCCCCUCCAUGCCGGGUUAUAUGUAGGAAAAGGUUCUAUAACAAUAUCUGGGGGUAAAAGGUGA